CAGUUAAUUCCCCUCAGAAAACCCUCUCUCUUCCCGGCCUUUCUACCCGGGUUACCCGGCUUCUGCGGCCACACUACACGCCGUCACUCCAAUCUUCGGCUCUCUCAGCUAAGGCCAGGAUGAAAACGAGUAUAGAUCGAAAUGCCGCUAGAGACCAAAGAAAAGGAGGAUUUUUCGCAAUUGCUGAUAUGGAGCAGGUGCCGUCAGUGGGCAGAUUCGUGCAGAUCACUGUGACAGAUGGAUAUGAUUUGAAAGGUUCUAAAGGAGAUACUCCAGUUACCUUCGUUCGUGCAGAAUUCAAUCAAGUGGUUCUGGGAGACUCUGCAAAAAUUACUGUUUCUCCAGAAGGAACUGGAAAAUACAACUUCACUUGCAGUUUUGAAUUUAAUCCUGAAGGAGGAAUCACUUUAGAUGACCUUGCUCGCAAACCUGUGUUCUUAACUGUGACUGAAGUUUUACCAAAAGAAAGGAGACAAAAAGAGGAGAAGACCUUAAUUCUUGGUCAAGCUGUGGUGGACCUUCUUCCCUUAUUAGCAGGAGAGUGUUCAUUUGAAACAACAGUCCCAUUGCAUCCUGUGCAGGGCUCACCUUUAGAAACUCCUCGAUUGGGUGCUAAGCAGUGCAGUCUUGAAGUUAAAGUAUUUGCGACAGAGAUCUUACUGACCCCGGUCCAGAUGGCAGGGGGCAAUCUACUGAAGGUCACAUUGGAGGCUGCCUACUCUGUGCCUGAAACCUUUGUUCCAACAGGGACUGUGCAGAACUACAUGGUUGGCCUGCAAGUUCCAUCAUUUGGAGAGAAGGACUACCCCAUUUUAUUCAAGAAUGGAACUCUGAAGCUUGGAGGGGAAAGAGAACCUACUCCUCGGCCAAAAAAAUGGCCUAUUGCCAACAUUCUGGCUCCGGGAGCUAAUAACAUUCCUGAUGCAUUCAUCCUUGGUGGUCCUUAUGAGGAAGAAGAAGGAGAACUCAACCACCCUGAGGACAAAGAAUUUAGGAACCAAGCAGAGUGCAUGAAGAAAAGGAUUGUUUGGGACUUGGAAAGUCGCUGCUAUCUUGAUCCUCCUGCAGUGGUCAGUUUUCAGAAGCGAAUUGCUGAUUGCCGGCUUUGGCCUGUGGAGAUCACAAGAGUUCCUCUGAUUGCUCUACCCAAAGGGAAAGCUGGCAAAUUAGAUAAGACUGAGGAUGAAGGUCAGCUUUCAUUUCAUGGAGUAGCUUAUGUUAAUAUGGUCCCAUUGCUAUAUCCAGGUGUAAAGAGAAUUCGGGGAGCUUUUCAUAUUUACCCUUACCUAGACAGUGUAGUCCAUGAAAAGACCAAGUGUUUAUUUAGCUUAUUCCGGGAUACCGGCCAUCAUUUGAUUCAUAAUAAUAAAAUAGGAGGAAUUAAUUCUCCACUUUCCAAACAAGUUGUUUCUAAGAAUCUGAAAGAAGAUAAAACAGUCAAAGAAAAGGAUAUAGAUGGAAAGAUUAGGCCUGGUGAUGUGCAAGCACCUAGUAUAAAAUCUCAGAGCUCAGAUACGCCAUUGGAAGGUGAACCCACUCUAAGCCAUAAUCCAGAAGGACAGCAAUAUGUAGAAGCAGGGACAUACAUUGUGUUGGAGAUUCAGCUGGACAAAGCCUUGGUUCCAAAACGAAUGCCAGAGGAGCUAGCCAGAAGGGUCAAGGAAAUGAUUCCUCCGAGGCCGCCUCUUACCCGUCGGACAGGAGGAGCUCAGAAGGCAGUGAGUGACUACCACUCACAGAUCAAGAACAUUUCUAAAGCCAUUCUGGAUGAGUACCACAGAAUGUUCGGAAAACAAGUGGCCAACCUGGGGAGUGAUAUAGAUAGUGAAACCCUGGAGGAACAGAAGUGCCAGCUCAGCUAUGAACUUAAUUGCUCUGGAAAAUACUUUGCUUUCAAAGAACAACUCAAGCAUGCUGUGGUAAAGAUUGUGAGAGAGAAAUACCUGAAAACAACAUCAUUUGAAAGCCAGGAGGAACUGCAGACAUUUAUCAGUGAGCUGUAUGUGUUCUUAGUAGAUCAGAUGCAUGUGGCCCUAAACCAGACCAUGCCAGAUGAUAUCCGAGACACUAUUUCAACCAUUUAUACAAGCAGUGAACAGCUUCGACUCUUUGCAUUUGAAGCAGAAGUCAAUGAGAACUUUGAUAUGGCAACAGUGUAUUAUGAGGAGAGGUUGGUCCGUGAGCCACAGAACAUUGAUCACUGGCUGGACUAUGGUGCCUUCUGCCUUCUAAUUGAAGACAACGUCAAAGCACAAGAAUGUUUUCGGAAAGCCCUUUCCCUCAACCAGAGUCAUAUCAACAGCUUGCUGCUGUGUGGUGUCCUGGCUAUUCUGUUGGAAGACUAUGAGCAAGCAGAAAUUUUCUUUGAAGAUGCUACUUGCUUAGAACCAACCAAUGUUGUAGCCUGGACUUUACUUGGUUUGUACUAUGAAAUUCAAAACAAUGACAUUCGAAUGGAAAUGGCAUUUCAUGAGGCAUCCAAACAGCUUCAGGCACGAACCAUGCUUCAGGCACAAGAAGCAAAGCAAAAGAGCACUGACAGCAUAGCAGAGUUUGGUGAAGAAGUAGGGAAAACAGGAUCCAGUGUAGGCCCUUGGGGACCCACAAAUGAUUCUUCUGCAAUAGCAAUCAAGAUGGAAUCCACAGCAGGCAGAAGACUCAGGGAAGAACAAGGAAAGGAACGAACUAGGGGACAUUUGGGAACCUCUGAGGCUGAACAAGUACCAGGAGCUGCAUUAUCCAUUCUAGAUGAAUUUCUUGAUGAAUCCUCCAAACUUCAGGCUGAUUCACGAGAACCCAUUUUGACUACACAAGCUCAGGAUCCAAGUAUAGCCAUAAAACCAUCUAACAUAUUUCUCAAGGAAAUACCAGCAAAAAAAGAAGCAUCAAAAUGUCAAGAUUUAUCAGCUUUUAUGCAGUCUGACCAUUAUUAUGGUGUUUCCCAAACUCCUCCUACCACUAUCUUCAUGGAGACCAUACGUUUCUUGAUGAAAGUUAAUGCUGUGCAGUAUGUGCACAGAGUGCUUGCACAUGAGCUGCUAUGCCCUCAGGGUGGCCCCAGCUGUGAGUAUUACUUGGUGCUGGCCCAGACACACCUUCUCAAGAAGGACUUUGCCAAGGCAGAGGAAUACCUUCAACAAGCAGCCCAGAUGGACUACCUGAACCCUAAUGUCUGGGGUGUGAAGGGCCAUCUCUAUUUUCUAAGUGGAAAUCAUGCUGAGGCCAAGGCGUGCUAUGAGCGAACCAUUAGUUUUGUAGUAGAUGCUUCUGGGAUGCACUUCAUCUUCCUGCGACUGGGGCUUCUCUAUCUAGAAGAGAAAGAGUAUGAAAAGGCAAAAAAAACCUACCUGCAAGCUUGUAAGAGAUCGCCUUCAUGCCUUACCUGGCUAGGACUGGGAAUCGCCUGUUACCGGCUGGAGGAGCUCACAGAGGCUGAGGAUGCUCUCUCUGAAGCCAAUGCAUUAAACAACUACAGUGCUGAAGUAUGGGCAUAUCUGGCACUGGUCUGCCUGAAAGCUGGACGGCAACUGGAAGCUGAACAGGCCUACAAGUACACAAUAAAGCUGAAAUUGAAAGAUGAGGCUCUGCUUGAAGAGAUCCACAUGGUACAGGAAAUGGUUGGCUUUGGAAAUCCAUCUUUCUGACAUCCUUCCAGCUGAAGAAUUUUCUGUGUGGGACUCUGAGCUGCUUUCUUUCCCAGAGAAAGUUUCACCAUAUGAAGCCUGGAGCUGGAAAACAAAAGAAUCUUCACCAUAAACAGAAACCUAUUCGUUUAUUUCUAUUGGCUGUGUUUACUAGAUGUUUUACUGGUUGACAGUAAACUAGAUAACAAUAAAAAAUGGAAAUAAGAGACUCAAAAUU